AGGUUCUUAACUUAACAACUCGUAUUUUCGGUUUAUUCAAAAUGCACGUAGUUUUUAAAUAUUUAUGCACUGAAGAAGCCAUAUAUACGUAUUAAAUAAUUAUUAUUUUGGAUAAAUUUGAAUCAUUUUCCAACGCGUUCAGGGUGUGGUGAUAAUUUAGGCCUGACAAACGCUUGAUAAUUUAUUAGACAUAAAAAUAGCACGCGUAACUUGCUAUGGAUAAGCACACGUGUAUCCCGUGCGCCAGAGAAGGCACGAAAAUUUCGGCAGUUAAGUACUGUAUUGACUGUGACAGUCCGUUGUGUACCGAGUGCCUCAAACAGCAUAACCGGUUCGAUGCCAUGAGAUGUCAUCAGAUUGUUGAAACAGGUUCCGGGCCCGACACUUCUAAAGAGAGAUUUGAACUUCCAACCCAGAGAUGCGCCACACAUCAUGGUAAACUUAUAGACAUGUACUGCGGGGACCAUGACGAGGUCUGCUGCGUGGCUUGUGUUGCGGUUAUCCAUAGCCACUGUAAGGGUAUGACGUACUUGCCACAAGCCGCUGCUAAGUUUACACAUUGCACCGAUAACGAUAUUGCCGCUAUCAAAGAAAGAAUAAAUCAACUUCAAACACGUCUUCGGUGCCCUAAUACCGGGGAAACGUCAAGACACAACAAGAGUUCGUGAGGGAAAAGAAUCCAU